CCUCUCUUUAUCCUUGCUUUGCAUUUUCCAGGAAACAGAUGGAGUGAGGAAAAGGUUUCAUAUGAUGAAAGAGAGAAAAUUGACACUAUUGGCUGAAGUCAGGUUUCUGAGAAGGCGAUACAAUUACUUGAUGCAAAACAAGUCUCCAAACAUCUUGAUGGAGAGAAAUCUUGUGCAACAAAAGAAUUUAGGGAUUAGAGGUAAAUCAAUUGUACACAGGAAAAAUAAUGGCAGAAAGCAAACUGCCUCGAAGCGCAUGGUCCCAGCAUUUGAUUUGAACCAAAAGGGGAAGAUUCAAAAUGAAAAGGAGGUCAAUCUCCAAUUCCCACCUCCAUUGUUUGACCUGAACCAGAUGCAACAGAAGACUAACUGUGUAAAGGAAGUUCCUUUGCAAAAUACCAUGCCGGGUCUUGAUUUAAACAAGAAGGAAAGGGUUUACAGCGGAAAUGAAGCCACUGCACGUUCCAUGACCCCAAUUUUUGACUUGAACCAGAUUUCGAUGGAGGAGGAAGAAUUACAGACAAAUAAUGAUUCUUUGAGAAUUGAGGAGCUCAAGAAGAAUUCCAUUGGAAGUGGAAGCGAUGAGCUGCACAAUGAUGUGAAAUUAUCAAUGUGUAGGAGUACCGGAAAUGGUGCAAGCCGAGUUGGGAAGAGAAAGAUCACUUGGCAAGACCAGUUGGCUUUGAGGGUUUGAGUUUCUUUCAACCGUAAUGGAAGUCCUUAGUUUGUCAACCUAGCAUGCGAUUUCAAUUUGUUUUGUUUUCCUUCACUUUUAUUGUAAAAAGGAAAAAUAGCUGAAUAUAUGAAAUUUAUAUAGAUGAAAUAUCAAGAAUUGAUGCCCAAAAUCAGAUCGUUCUGAGUCUCACGUCACCGUAACCUUUCCCCCGUUCAAUACAAAUGCUUUGGUAGGAGUAAACAAGAUACCAGAACAAUGUUGAAACCUUAAUUUGACUGGUUGUUGUGUUUUGAGACUCCAGAUUUUGUUUCGGGCAGCCGGCCUGAAGUGAAAGUGCUGUUCUUGGGCAAAUUUAUAACA